AUGGCGGCUUUGAUUACUCAUAAGGAUUUCAUAAAUGUUAUUGAUAAUAGUUGGACCAAGAACUAUGUCUCCCUGAGUAAUAACCUCCAGAAACUAGCUCAAGCAGCUAGUGUCUGGAACAAAGAGGUCUUUGGCAAUAUCUUUAAAAGGAAGAGAUGGUUACUUGGGAGGAUAGAAGGCGUUCAAAAAUCCCAGGCCAACAUCUAUUCUCAUAACCUUCAUACUCUUGAGCUAGAUCUUAUCGAUCAAUAUAAUAAAGUGCUUUACCAGGAAGAGCUUCUGUGGUUUCAAAAAUCUAGAUCUAACUGGAUUACCCAAGGUGAGAGGAACACAAAAAAUUUCCAGCUUACUACUAUCACCAAAAGGAAAAGGAGAAAGAUUGAGAUACUGAGAAAUGAUAGUGGGGGUUGGUGUGAUCAACUUGACCAACUCAAGAAUCUGAUUACCAGUUAUUUUGUUAAUCAUUUUAGCUAUUCCCCUACCACCUCUCUUGAUCACUGGAAUAAUUUGGUGGUUUGUAAGGUGACUCAGGAGUUCAACUCCAAACUUGCUAAAAGUAUUACUAAUGAGGAGGUUUGGCAGGAAGUGAAGAAUAUUCAUGCUUUUAAGGCCCCUGGAAGGGAUCUUCCGUAA